UUCCUCUCCGGUAUCUAGUCCUUUUGCUUUAGAAGCCGGAAGUGUGCUCUUUGGCGGCUAGUCCCCCGCAGAGUCUCUGCCGGAAGUAGAGGCUAAAUGGGCUCCGGCAUGGCAGCUGUGCCCCCUGACUCAUGGCAGCCCCCCAACGUUUUCCUGGAAACCAGCAUGGGGACCGUUGUGUUGGAGCUGUAUUGGAAACACGCCCCCAAGACCUGUAAGAACUUUGCAGAGUUAGCUCGACGUGGUUACUACAACGGCACCAAGUUUCACAGGAUCAUCAAAGACUUCAUGGUUCAAGGUGGUGAUCCAACAGGAACAGGCAGAGGUGGUGCAUCUAUCUAUGGCAAACAGUUUGAAGAUGAACUUCAUCCAGAAUUGAAAUUCACAGGGGCUGGAAUUCUUGCAAUGGCCAAUGCAGGGCCGGACACCAAUGGCAGCCAAUUCUUUGUGACCUUGGCUCCUACCCAGUGGCUUGAUGGGAAGCACACCAUUUUUGGCCGUGUGUGUCAGGGCAUAGGGAUGGUGAAUCGAGUGGGUAUGGUAGAGACAAAUGCCCAGGAUCGUCCUGUUGAUGAUGUGAAGAUUAUCAAGGCUUACCCAUCUGGAUGAAAUUGGAGUCUAGGCAGAUACAUUCAUGGCCAACCCCAACAAGUUCAUUGGAGAUUUCUCAGUUGGCCAAUUCCUAGGUGACCUGUGGACUUCAGGGCAAAAUGACCUCUGCAUUUGCAUCUAUUUGCUCAUGAGUCAUCAUUGGACUUAUGGUUUAGUUUUGUCCUGGAGAUUAAGCUCAGUGUCUCAGAUGCACUAGAGAUUAAAGUGCAUUUUAAUUAAAAGAUACUUUUUUCCUUCUCCUCAGGAUAUAAAUGUCAAAAUAUGGUACAUACACCCAUUAUAGCAAUUGACCAGACCUAUUCUCUCCUAUAUUUGUUUCUUUUGAUCCAUCUGGGAAAAAAUUAAAUAGAAUCAGGAGAUACUGGUGAAUGUAGACUUAUUCAAUCCAAACCUAAUUUCUUUCCAGGGAGUCCUACUCCUUGAAUUUGGUGACUAAUGGCAACAGAAUUUGUAUCUGAUUUUGUGUGUGUGUGUGUGUGUGUGUGUGUGUGUGUGUGUGUGUGUGUGUGUGUGUGUGUAGAGGACUAUAAAUAUAAAUAUGCAUAUUUGUGUUCAAACCUUUUCCACACACAUGUAUAUAUUUUUGAAAUCCUGGGCACAAACAAGAUUGUUUCUAAGACACCCCAAACAAAACAAAAUCAUACUGAAUUUUUGCCAAAUGGAAAACACUUCCAACAGAGAAGACAACAGUCAAAUCUCUUAGAGAGUGUUAGGUGGGAGGGUUUAUAUAUAAUUAAUUUUAAAAUAAAUUUCAGUCAAGGAAAAAAAUAAUUUUGUUUAACUCCUCAUUUUCCAGCAAGGAAGUGAGAUCUUCAGUGGCCAUAAUUGCAGACUAUGGAUUCUGUUGUUUGUUUUAUGUUACCUUCAUUUCUGAAUGUUUUUUCCUUACCCCUGAAAACAAUCCCUUGUAACUGAGAAUAAGACAGCAAGAAGAAAAGAACAGUUCAUCAAAGCUUACUAACUCAUCAACCAUCUGUCUGGACAGUUGUUGUUCUACACCACUGAGUACCUCUGCCUUUUUGAAGAGAAGAGAGGUGAGAGGUGCAUUUCUCGUCUAUUUGAGGACAGUUUUGGUUAUGAUAAUCAUUCAGCACUCAGCAUGUAUUCUUUCCAUGUACAUCAUUGUAGUCAUCGAAUAUACUGUUUUCCUGGUUCUACUGACUUUACAAUUCAUAUAAGUCCUGCCACGUUUCUCUGAAUUAUAAAUUCUCUUCUAAAAGUAGCUGUCUAGAGGUGAAAGGCAUUAUCACCUUAACUGCUUCAAACUAGGACCAUAGUAUACUUCACUUUUAGAAUGUACUUCCUGUUAUGUGGGGGAAGAGGAGGGGGGAUAGAGUUAAUACUAUCAUAUUGCAUGGGUAAUAACAUAAAAUUGGAUUUUGACAUUUGGUUGUCAUUCUCAUUUGUAAUAUUCUCAUGCCGUCUGUUAGUCAUUAUCUUAACCCUAAUAAUAAGCUUCCCAGCUACUGCAACAGUUAAUAUCUUUGAGAUUUUGCAUUGUUUUAGGUUUAUGGAUCUCUAGUGAGCUAUAGUGGAAAUAGGGCUUCCUUCAUCAUGAUCAUGAUCAUCAUUAUCAUCAUAAAAGUAUUUCAGAGCUGUUGCAUUCAAGAACAGCUCUUAUUUAAAACAGGAGAUAGAGCAGAGGAAAGAGAACAUAAGCGAUAUCGACUGGUAUUUGUCUGUGAGGGGGAAUUAAAUUUAGAUUGGGUGAGAUAGACUCAGCUGAGAGACCUGAGCUAUUCAUUUAGCUUGCAGGCAAUCUGCCACUGUACAUUUUCACCCCCGUGUUGAUGGGACUGGUGCUGUACUUGUGUAGUUCUCCCCCCUUCAUCUCCGCAAAGGGAAGACUACAUCUUUUAAUCUUCCUUUGUUACUCCCAGUAGAUGCUUUGCUUUCCAAAUAACAUCAUUUUAAAAAAAUCCUUUAUUAAGUGCUAAACUCUGAAUGGGCUAAAUUGGAGCCUUAAAUGUGGGAGUAGGAUAAGCAAUGGAGAGCUUUGAGUGGGAGUGUUUGAGAUGAGUAAGGAUCCAGCUGAAUAUGGGCUCCAUUAUAACUUGAAUUUCUAUAGCACUUUUAAGAUUUAGGAAACUGCCUCCCCCCAGACACAGAGAGAGAGAAAGAGAGGGAGAGGGAGAGGGAGAGGGAUUGUGUUACUCUCCCUAUUUUGCAGAUGCUCACAGUCUUUCAGGUACUGGAAGGAGGAACUGGUAGAACUGGGCCCCCGGAUUCCUGAGUCCUGAGCCCUUCCCACUCUUCUGUGUUCCUUCCCUCACUUAUAAGAGUAUUAAGUGCUAAAAAAGGAAGUCAAAACUGAGUAAUUGAAGGAAAAAAAAACCUAAUCCUCAUGGAGAACAGAUAAUGAAGCAUAAUAAAAAUACUUCCUCCUGUUGGCUGAAGAGAUGGGAGACCACAGCAUCAGAUGGAGUCACUGGAUUUAUUGUUCUGUGCUUAAACUGCUUUUCUUUAUUACGAAAGGUGGGGGGUGGGAAGCAUUUAUCUAGAAGUGACUGAUUUAAAAAACAAAAUACAUCAGUGCAUUAGAGCUAGAAUGAUCUUAGAGAUUCUCUCUUUCUCUCUCUCUCUCUCUCUCUCUCUCUCUCUCUCUCUCUCUCCCCCCCCCACCCCCACCCCUAUAGAAUGGAAAUAACUUUGGUAAAAAAGUCUGUGGGAGAAAAAAAAUCUCCUGACUUCCAGUCUGCUAUUUUUUUUUUCUGCCAUCUCAUGCUCAUUAAAUGAGACAGGGGAAUUCAAGGUGUCCGGGGUAUAGGGUUAGAAUUUUAGACUUAAGAGGAAGCCCCUAUAAUAAAAAACAAACAAACAAACAAACAAGAAAAACUUACCUUCUGUGUUAGAAUUGAUACUAAUUAUAAGUUCCAAGGCAGAAGAGAGCUGCAAGGAUUAAGCAAUUGGGGCUAAGUGACUUUUCCAGGGUUAUCCAGCUAAGAAGUUCCCGAGACAAAUUUGAACCCAGGACCUCCUGUCUCCAGGCCUGGUGUUCUUAUCCAUUGAGCCACUCAGCUGCCCUUGCCCAUAUAAUUUCUAAAGUACCCCUUUGUGACUGUGAUGAUGGCUUCCCCCAGCCCUGUUCUUUACACUUGUGUUGCAUUGUUUGGUGUAAGAGGACCAUACUAGAUAGACUGGAAUAUGAUGGACCAAUAGAAAUUAAAGAAAAGUCAUGGAAACACAAGCAGUUGUGGCAUUUGGGCAGAUACAGCAACUUGACAAUUUUCCUCUGCUCCUACGCCCUUUCAGCAUUCCCCCAAACAGUAGACAAUGAUCUACGAGUGGAUCUCUCAGCCUUUUGGGGUUCUUUUUGUCAGUUUUUGCAAUGUGAGGCCCCUUUCUUUUGACUAAAGAGCAAGGGGGAGGAUUCCCAUCUCAUCCAAAAGCUGUAUUCUGUUUGUGUUCUAUCCACAUCCCUUUAGUAGCAGCAGCAGCAACAGCAACUUAGAAAGAUAGAGUAUCAAAGUAUCAAAGUAUCAAAGCUGGAGUUGACCAUAGAGAUUGCCUUGUCUUAAUUUUAUAACAGUGAAUGUUGAGCCUAGAGUGAGGAAGUGACACAUAGCUGGCUACUAAAGGGGCUUUGAACCACUAGGUAGCCUUGGGAAAGUCACAACUUCCCUGGGCCUCAGUUUACCUCAUUUAUGAAAUGAGAGAGGCUGGACUAGAUAGCCUUUUAGGUCCCUUUCACAUUUUUAAUGCUAUAGAAGCAGGUUUUCUGACUUUUCCCACUGAAUUGUACUGCUCACAUCUAGCCCCCAGUAAAGGACAUAAAGCUCAAGAAAGAAAAAGAUGACUCAUCAAGAAAAGGUUGGGGACACCCCCUUUCUUUGUCAAAACAUUUUUAGUCAGGGUUAGGUCCUAAGCCCCAGUCUUGGGUUUAGUUUAGCAAACAUUGGUCAUCUAAAUUCUGAAUGUCUUGGUCCAUUUUAUUUUUAUAUUAUGACCUAGAACCAAGGCACCAAUAGACUUUUUAGCACAAGAAGUGAAUUUAAAGGUUUACUAGUUCAACCUCAUCAUUUUACUAUUGAGGAAAUUGAGUCCUUGAGAGAAUUGCUUUACUCUUGGUCAUACAGGGAGUUAGUAACAGGGCUAGAACUGGAACCCAGGUUGCCUGUUGUUAAAUAGUCUUCAUUCCAUCCCUGAUCGGACCUUCAUGAUUGGUCAAGUCAUUCCCUUUUGGUUAGGGUCAGUUUUCCUCAUCUGUAACAGGACACAUGCAUACUACCUUCCUUUCAGGGUUAUGAGCAAAAUGCUUUGCAAACCUGAAAGUUCUGCUCAAUUAUGUUUUUACAAGUAAAAUGAUAUUCAGACUUUUGAAUCCAUUUGAGUCACCCAAGGUGGUCACUCUCUUAACUUUAUUAUUAUUUUUUUAACCUUAAUGUCUAUCUUGGAAUCAAUACUAUGUGUUGGUUCCAAGACUGAAGAGUAGUAAGGGCUAGGCAAUGGGGUUAAGUGACUUGCCCAGGGUCACACAGCUAGGAAGUAUCUGAGGUCAAAUUCGAACCUAGGACCUCCCUUCUCCCUCGGCCUCAUUUUCACAGGAGUCUACAGGGAAAAGAGAAAUGAAAAACAUGUUUAAGCAACAAUAUCUACUGCUUUUGAAGCAUUUGUGAAUGCAGAGCAUCCUUCAAUUGAAGGUGUGUUUUCUUCCUCAAAAACAAAUCUAAGAUGAUAGUUUCAACAUUUUUUUUACUUUUUAUUAUGAUUGUUACAAGCAACAAACAUUUCAACAUGUAGAGACUAGAAAAAGAAGAUGGCAUAUGAAGCUGUAACUUCUUUUAUGUACAUUUUUUAAAAGUGCAUAUUAAAUCUAAUGUGAUAGUAUCAAACCUA